AUGGCUACGAAUGGCACAAGUAGUUCGGUGUCUGAACAACCUGAUUAUUCUAUUCCAACUUCUGAUGGAAGCAACAGAGUGAAAGUUAUCUGUUUAGGAGACAGCGCUGUCGGAAAAUCCAAACUUGUGGAAAGGUUUUUAAUGGAUGGAUAUCAGCCUCAUCAGUUAUCCACAUAUGCAUUAACCCUUUUUAGAUACACAACUGAUGUUGAAGGUGAACCUGUUGUUGUUGACUUCUGGGAUACAGCAGGUCAAGAAAGAUUCAGCAGUAUGCAUCCCUCUUAUUAUCAUCAAGCCCAUGCCUGUAUAUUAGUUUUUGAUGUAACUAGAAAGAUUACCUAUAAAAACUUACCAAAUUGGUACAAGGAACUCAGAGAGUACAGACCAGAGAUACCAUGUCUUUGUGCUGCAAACAAAAUUGAUGUGGAUAUUAAGGUAACUAAGAAGAGCUUCAAUUUUUCAAAGAAGUUUGGCAUGCCUUUCUAUUUCGUUUCUGCAUCAGAUGGAACAAAUGUUGUUAAGAUGUUUCAAGAUGCUAUUCGUUGUGCUGUACAAUACAAGAAAAACCCAACAGAUUUCAUUGAUGAAGUUAUGCAAGAAUUAGAGAAUUUUGAGAGCAGUGAAUUUGACCAAGAAGAUAAAGCAAGUCAACCUGGUAAUCAGUAAAUGGUUUAUAAAAGUCUAGCAGUGUGAUAUCACUUAAUUUGACCAAGAAGAUAAAGCAAGUCAACCUGGUAAUCAGUAAAUGGUUUAUAAAAAUCUAGCAGUGUGAUAUCACUUUCUAGUGCCUUUUGGUGCUACAGUUUCACAUUUCUAUCAGGAAUUCUGUAUUCAACUUCUUGCUGACAAAUAGUUUUUGUGUCUUGACUUUUGAAUACAUGCAUUUGUGUCUGCAUUUUGAGAACUGCAAGUAUGGGACCACUACUGAUGUAUCACUAGUCAACAUAAAAUAUAUAUAAGCACAUUUUCAUUUAUAUAUGGGCAGAAGCUAACUUAUUGUGAUUACUUUCUACUUAUUAAAUUUCUUUUUAGACUGUAUUAUUCCAAAUUUUUAAGGAUUAGAAGUGAACAGUGUCUAUUUUGGUAGUUAUGAUUAUUUUCUAAACCAAAUGAAAAACAUGUAAAAACUUUUAUAUUCAGAAUUUUAUCUGAGUUUAAGUAUUAAGAAAAAACUUUCAAAUGCAGCUAGACAAUGAUUGAUACCCUGAAGAGGGUAAAGAUAUCAUAAAACAACAACUUAUAUUUAUUACAUGUUCAAAUAAAAUUAUUAAACUUAACUAAGCAGUUGAAACAACAAUAAUUUCUUUUUUUUUUGUGAGGUUUUCAUCCAAUGUCUGUAGACAGUUGUUUAUAACCAUAUGUAACUUUUAGAUAAGAUCUACAGUAGUACUGAAAAGGAAUCUAAUUGUGAUCUAAAUUUGA